GAGAUCAGCCUGUACUGUCUGCGCACACAGAGCGUCCCUGUCAACGCCCGUGACAACGCCGGUUACACGCCCCUGCACGAGAGCUGUGUGCGGGGCAGCGUGGCCGUGGCCAGACACCUCAUCUACUACGGAGCAGACGUCAACUGUUGCUCCCAGGACGGGAUCAGACCGAUCCACGACGCCAUAGAGAACAACCACCUGGAGGUAGUGCGCCUGCUGUUGGUGCACGGGGCCGACCCGCUCAUAGCCACCUACGCCGGCCGCACGCCGGUUCGGAUCGCGCGCUCAAUGCCCAUGCUGAACACACUACAGGGCUACAUUGGCGAUCUGAAUGGAUGGGCGCAAGAGGAGGAGGAGGAGGAGAAGGAAGAACCUUUAGAGGAAAUACCCUGGAGGUUUACUUCAUCUCUGACAUUUCUAGAGAGUAGCCAGGAGCUGUUGUGUACCCCGUGUGUUGACCUCCCACCUGACCCCACAGACGACUCCAGCGAUGUGUUUGAUGACGGGCCCACAUCGGCCAUCAACGUGUUUAACCUGGCUCUAGACGGAGAGGACAGGACUCCCCAGCCCUUCUGUCUACUAGAUGAAGUCCUCAACAGACUAUCCAUGCCCAAAGACAAACUGACCUCCCUGUUUCCAUGGAAACCAACCUCUGUGACCCUGUCCAGCGAACGCGUGCGUGAGGUCGCUUCCUGUUGCUGCAGCAAUGUCAGCAUACGUCUGCCACAGUCAGGGAAAGUAACUCUGCUGCCCUUCUCAACGCUGUGGGAGAUUGAGGGUGCUCUGAAGCUGCAGGCUAAGGUCAAGGUCAAGAGAGAGGAGGUCACAGCUGCAGAGGUUGCAGGGUCAGUGUUGGGGAAAGAUCGAGGGAAAAAGAAUGAUGCCUCGUCUUCUGCUACUUCGUCCUCCUCACGUGUGUCUGUUUUGUCUCAUAUGGAGGAAGCCGGCGGCCCUUCAUGCUUAGAGGAUGGACUGGGAGAUAUGUGCUUGAAGGAAGGAGGAGGAGAUUCCAGAAACGUUUCUACGUCUUCUUCUUCUUCUUCAUCGGUCUCAAAAUUGAAACAGAAAGGAGCUUUUUCAUCCACACCGUCAAUGCCACUUUCAUCAUCAUCUACAACAACACCGUCGUCGUCUUCAUUUCAUAUGUUAACAUCCACAGCUUCUUCAUCGACACCUUCAUCAUCAGCAGGGCUUGUUUCUUCUCUCCCCAUGUCGUCAUUGUCAAAUGCCAGCCACGCCAAACCUGGGAAAUCCUCAUCUGCCACCUCUCAAGGCUGGUCAGCUUCAUCAUCAUCAGCAUCAUCUGAACAACAACAACAACAACAACAACAGCAACAGUCUGGUAAAAAGUCAUCCACGGGGGAACGAAGCGAUCAUCAUCACUCUCAUCAUCACCACCACCGCCACCACAACAACAACAACCACCACAGCAACAGCCACUUUCAAGGCCAGCAGCAACAGACUUCAUUGUCAUCCAAGCAACAACAACAGCAGCAGCAGCACCAACAACAACAUCAUCAUGGUGGUUCGUCUCUCCGCGGUGACUCAUCUUCCCCAUUCAGUAGCAAACAUUCUUCCUCUUCUGGGAAGGAAGGAAGGAGUGGAAGCAGCAACUCUUCCAGGAAGGCGAAGAAAGAGGAAGGAGAGAGCACAUGGAUGAAUACGCUCAUGUUCUCAGACGACAGUUCUAGUAGCCCCUUCCAUACCAGCAUAGACUGCUUCGAUUCUGAUAAUUCCAAUUAGUGACAUUAGUGUGUGUGUGUGUGUACCUCUGUGAAAUUCCGCUUUUUUUUGCCAUACCAAAGAGAUUCAUUGUAUUGAUGACACUGUCUGUAUUCCAUUGUUCAGGGAUCUUGCAACUGUAGGAAAGUUCUCAAGUUUCAGCAAGUUGGAUUAGAAUCAUGGAAUGUCAACUCCCCAGGCAUCUAGUUGAUAGUACUUGAUCUGGAAUUUUUAUCUUGCUGUGAGAAGUAUUGCAAAUGGUCACUUAAUUAGCUGAUAUUUUUUUUCCUUAUGCUGAGCUGACUUGUGUGUUGGCAGAUUGCUAUAUUUUUGUGAAUGUAGCUUGGCUUAAUUUGAUUGCUUAAUUGUGGAUUGGUUUACAAAAGUUUGGUGAUAACCAACCCCUCCCCCCCCCCCCCCCCCCCCCCCAACCCACACCCACACAUGCAUAUACACCCGCACAUAUACACGCGAGCACACAUACACACACCCACCUCUCAACCUGCUACAAAUUACCGUGACCCUUGAGUUUGGGACGUGGAAGGCACUUCUUUAUGGGAGUUUUACUCUGUACUAGACACUCACAACAUGUUUCUCUUAAGGAAAAGAUACAGCAGAUGCCCUGCACUAGGGUUUCAAAUAGAAAAGUCUUUAGUAAAAACACAAAGUUGUUGACUACCCUUUAUGUGUUUGUUAACAUUUCCUUGUGAAUCUAUGUAUUGUGAUCACUGGAAGAGAGACGGGUUGAUGGGAGAGAGGUCUACGGAUAUGGAAGAGAUUGGCUGAUGUGAGACAGGUCUAUACGGAUGUGUGGAUAUGGGAGAGACAAAAUGAUGUGAAAGAGACAGAAGGAUGUAAGAGAGGUAGGAGUAGGUCUGUUCGGAUGUAAGAGUGAGAGAGCAACAAGAGAGAUGUGAGAAUAUAUUAUAUAUAUAUAUAUGGAUGUGAUGGAUUUUGUUGGACUGCGUGUGUGGGUGGGUGUGUGUGUGUGUGUGUGAUAGUUUGUGUAGGUGUGUGUAGAAAUUGUGUAAUUUACCGCUAAAGUUACUGACAUUGCAGUGGUACCUACAAAUUGUAUAUACUUAACAUUGAUGAGUGAGACUGAGCAUGAUGGCAUGUUUUUUAAAGUGAAUGAAAGUGAUCCGUUGAGUCCUUACAUAUAGUACAUGCCCUUUGUGUUUCAGGCAUGGGUUUGACUGACCAAAAUAAACAAAAAUAUUUGUAGACUUUUCCCUUUUAGUGACUAGCUGGUUCUAAUUCAGAGUGUAAAUGUUUGAUGUAGGGACAAUUUUUUCAUGUCUUUCUUUUGCUUUUUUGGUCAUGUUCUCUUCUGUCUUUGAUCAGCCAGGUUUCCUUAGCAAGGUCAGAAUUUCUUCUUAAUCUUAAGUACUGUUGCUUUUUUUUUACCCAUUUUUACCUGGAGUAGGAUGGGGGGAGGAGGUUGUGAAGGCAAAGCACUUCAGUGGAUGAGUGGUUGUCAUAAACUUUUGAAACCUCUAUGUUAUUGGAAAAUGGUUGAAUCUAAGUUUAUGGCCAAUAAAAGAUUAACCAUAUUUUUUUUCUUCAUCAAAGUUACAUGGUUGUGACAAGUCUUUUAUCAGGUCAAGAUCUGGGAAUGCAGUAUGGGUACGGUAGUUAUGAAGAGGAAAUUAGUAAUAAUUGAAGGCAAAAAGAUCUUUGUCAUUUCUCCACUUGCAAUGGGACCAGUUUCUGCUCCGAAAAUAUACUUCUGAUCAACUAGCUGCAUGUUGUUGACAAUACAAGUUGAUGAACAUUUUCCCUGAUAUUUAGGUCAGCAUAGGUCAAAGUAUAAAACUGUAAAACAACAACAGAAGUCUGUGCUGGGGAGGUGUUCAGAAUUUGAUUCCAUUUUGGAGUUUCCAAUUGCAAAAUGGCUGUGAAGGGGCAUAACUGGAAAAAAAUUAACUUGAAUGGAUUUUUGACGAGUGUGUUAGGUUUCUUAUUGUAAGUUCUUUACCUGACGUGGGUGGUUAGCUAGUCCUCUGGUGUGGUUUGCUCCUCCUUUUGCUGUCGAACAUAUAUCAUCCUUACCUCUCCUCCAUUUACUGUCAAACAUAUAUCAUCCUUACCUCUCCUCCAUUUACUGUCAAACAUAUAUCAUCCUUACCUCUCCGCCUUUUCUUUUUAUGUUACUUUUAACUCCUCUUGUCUUCAGCAUUCACAAAUAAACGACCUUCUAUUUGUGUUGCAUGUGCAGUAAAACUCUUACUAAAGCGUGAGUGUGGAUGAUGGAGUCGCAUGACUGUGAAGUCAAAUGACUUGCUUGCUGAUUCCUCAUUGUGUCUUGAUUACUUUAGUGUUUUGCCGAUAAGCCAAAAAUGUUCAUCGAAAUGUUUGCUUUGCACAAAUAUUUUCACCUCACUUCAUGAUUGUGACGGAGAACUUUCGGUGACAGACCUUGAACUUGGCCGUUGAAUCCUCACAUUCGUUUUGAUUUGCUUGUCAUCUGAAGGCUACUUAUUGCUUGUUGUGUUUGUAUAUGACAUUACAAAAAAACUAUCAAUGUUGGUGUGAGGAAAUACUGUGGAGUUUAUCUUCAGAUGACGUGGGGCUGGGGCUUUUAGUUUUAAUUACAUUGUGGAGGGGGCUGGGAGUGGUGUGAGAGGAGGUAAGUUUACACAGUUAUAAAAAAUAAUCUGGAGAAAAAGUUUCUACCAUGUGAUUUGGGAGACCCUCGUGGUUCUCUGUUUCAGUGAUAUUGUUUACAAGAAGAUUCGAGCUGCCAAGGCCAGAUAUUGUUUCCAGGUUUUCGUCUUGUGUAGACCUGUGUGAAGUAUAUAGCAUUAUAAAAGUAUUUGAAAAAUGUGAUUUUUGCUUUGAACAUUUGACGUAACCAAACCUUUCUCGUCUUUAAUUGGAGAUGUUGGUUGUUGACCUUUGCACCCAUUGCUGGCUGAUGGACUGCAUCCUUUUUGUUUGCUUUCUCCACUGUGUUUCAUUGACCACUAUUACAAUGUACUUUGUUAGAGUAUAAAUGUUUUACUUGGUUAUCGACACAAUUUUGGUCAUGUAUGCGCCAAAUGUAAUGUGUGUCGCUACUUGUGAUGAGAAGGAGUUGGAAAAGAACAAGACGUUGUUGUUGCCUGACCGUUGUUUCAUUUCCUGUCAGUCUUUCCUGCACUUACUUGGUAAGUGAGUAUAUUUUCCUGAGUAUGUGGCGAGGAAGCAAAGACGAGUUGUGAUGGAAUUUCAACAUGGUUUGACUUUGAACAAAAUUGUACAGUAAAACUUUGAUUGAUUGCCUUCUUUGCCGAUAACAGUGUAAGUUUGUUGGCUUAUUAUAGGUCUAUAAUGUCCAAAGUGUGGUUCUUAAUCAAGGUGUAUAUCCUUUCUUUUGCCUAAACUUGUUUAGAACAUCAUCAUUAUAGAUCAUAGAAUCAUAGAAAGCAAAUCACCACAAUAACUACAAUUUUACGCAGGUAAAAAUGUAAAAUGGACAGAAAUGAUAAAGGUGUACUAUAAAUUAUACUAUAAGUGAGUAUUUUAAAAAUAUGUGCAUUGAUCAAUACAACACCAGUAUAUUUUCAUUUUAUUUUUUUCAGUAGCUCAUAGCUGAUUGAAAUGGCUUGCAAAUCUAAAAUGCAUCAAAUAUCAUCAUUGUGGAGAUAAAUUUGCUUCCAAGAAAUGGUUUUCUGCUAGUUUUGUGGGUUUAUUUUAAGUGAUCAAAUUUUACUAUGGUCAGUCAAGAUUUGCUGCUUUUCUUUCCUUAAGACGUCUGUGAAGCUGGUCCAUGUGUUAGCUAUAAUAUCAUACCUCUGUAAAUGAGAUGGGAGUUUUUUCACCAUAAGUGAUUUUCUCGUGUUAAUACAACUACGUUUGUGAUUUUCUCUCGUUGUUUUCUCCCUUGGUGAUAAAAAAGUUACGAGGGUUAUGUUUAGCCUGUCUUGCUACUGUUCUUACUUAAACUUUCUCGUUGUGAUGCAGUAGAAGUGAUGAUGUCAUCAGAUGACUUCUGUGUAGAAUGAUAUCCUUGUCAGUUGAUAAUGUACCGAUUUUCUUGUCAGAUUAUGACGUAUGUACUAAGUGCUCAAUUUGUGUUCUCAUCUUCAGGGGGCCGAAGCUUUUCCCUUUAAGUCAUUUCCAUGCUACUGAACCUUGUUCAUGACUAUCAACUAAGCCUGUUGCACAUUUGCUUGAUUAUCUGACUGUUGAUGUUUUCGGUCAUUUCCAUGGCUUGAUGAGACUGGUGCACACUGGUCUGUAUCACUCGUAGCCCAUGAAGCUGUCAAAAAUCAGUCAUUUGUACAAAUUGUAAAUAAAUUCAAUGAAUCACCGUACCGUUUCAAUAAUUGUAGAGAUGGGAAUCGUGAUGAUUAUGGCUUUUUGAAUGCAUUUUUGUCCUGUUUUGACCCCUUUCCAUCACAGAAGUCGGCCUCUAGCUUCUAGUGAAAUUUCAUCGUAAUGAUAGUCAUCAAUUAAUAUCAAUCAUUAUCAUCAUUGUCAUCAAUUAAUGUCAAUCAUCAUCAUCAUCGUUGUCAUGAUCUGCCAUCAUUUUCUGCCACGAAUGUCGGCUGGCAUUUUUAGUGAAAUUUCAUUUCUCAUCAUCAUCACCAUCAUCAAUGUCAUCAACCUCUUAGUCAUUAUCAGUGCAGUGUUUUGUAUGAAGGAGGGUGUCCUUGAAAGGCACCAGUGCCCAUGCUUUUCUCAUUCUUUUGUUUUUCAUUGAAUUUUGUUUUCCAAGUAAGGAGUGAUUGAUUUUUUACUCGAAAGAAAAUCAACAGCUAGUAAUGACAACUCACUCAUUAAAUUGGUGAGAGUAGUUUUUCUGCCUCCAUGAUAUUUCAGUGCAAUGCUUUGUUGCUUUUAGCGGAUCUUAUCAACAUUUUUCAGGUGUCUUUUUAGUACGUUACUUGCAAGUGUGCUAGUGUAUGAAUCAUCACAGAAUGUAUAAAUUUUGUUUUAGAAAAUGUGUCCUCAAUGUUUUGGAGCUGUGAGACUCAUCAUUUGUCUUGGUCCUCGACAUUUCGACGAUCCUCUUGACGUUUUUGUUGGCCUAGCCAACCAUAGUCAGAAAGGAAAGUAAAUCUCUUCAUUUAUACAGAUGAAAAUGAUGGUGUCAUAGUUCAUUACAUGUGAAUUGGAUCUGAGAGUGUAUUCAGGGUGUAUGAAUGUUGAGUUUCUUUCAAACCAUUUUUGGGAUGUGAAGUUAAAAUUAGAAUGUAUUGAAGGUUUUGUGAGCGUUGAAUUUUUCCAUCAACAGUUUUAAAAAACCUGUUGUAAAGACGGAAAGCACAAAAUGUACAAUUUGCAAUCUGCCACAUGCUGUAAUUGAGCGUCAUUUUUCAAUAGUUUGCAUAUGUUGCUUAAUAAGUCGUUUUCAGAACGAUUUGUUCCCGUUCGUGCCGUGUGUAUUUCACCCAGUGCUAAUGAAUGUUCUUCGCAUUGUUUGUUUUGCCAACUAUUUCAAUUUCUGUUUUAAGGAUUUUAUUUUUUAACUGCCUGUAAUUGUCAGGGCAUUUUUUGUCAACAACUCAUUUGUGGCGGUAAUCCAUGCGAGGACACUUAUUGUUUGGAGGGUUCAUUUGUUUUCUCUUUGUGGGUUGACCCCUCAAGGUCAGGGUUGUGCGGGAAGGGAGGGUAACUGAAGAAGUACAGACGCUGUGGAGUCAACCAGAGGUUCCUUCCCUUGUUUCUUUCUUGUCAACCCCAUUCAUUUGCCAUUGUUUUGUGGAAUAAAGCCCAGAAACAAACGA